AUGCAAAACCAUGACGAACCUGCAAACGCACCGAACAGGCACGUGGGAAAGCUGAAGGCGAUGGAGGAGGAGGAGGAGACGGACUCUGAGGAAAGCUGCCGUGAGGAUGGCAAGGGCGAGGCUGACGAUGUGGCGACGAACGAUGCGGCGACAAAGCGGGACGAGGCACUAGUUUUCCGCUUUGCCACAGCCUCUGGCCGCUCGGUGCAAUCGGUGUCAUACCCCCAGGAUGGCGCGGACAACGAGGAAACGACUGCGCUGGGCUCGGGCUCAGCACAGGCCGAGGAAGGCAAGCAGCCCAGAGAUUCGGAAAGUUCAGCAUCGCCAGAGGAGCUGCGGAAUCUGGCAUCGUCUUGUUGUUCCGAUGGGGCUGCUUUGCUACGCAAAGGCGAACUUCAGGAAGCUGUGCGAAAGUUAACACGAGGGCAGGCUCUGCUGGAAAGAACCGAGCCGGCAAGUGUGCUAGACGUCGAGCAAAAGGUUUUCGCAGCACUGCAGGCAGACAUCGCUGGCAACCUCGGCAUAUGCUACAGGAGAUUAAAGGACUUUGGACCUGCAGUGGACCAGUUGCGGCUUGCCCUUCAGCAUCACGAGGUACGCCUUCGCGACUGUGACAAGGUUGAUGUUGCAGACCUUAGAACGUUGGUGGCUGCGCAUCUGAACCUCGCUUCUUGCCAUAUGGAAUGCGAGGCUGCAGAUGCUGCCCUCCAGCAUGCCGCGACUGCGGCAAACAUGAGUGGCCAAGUCUUGACUGCGAACCGGGAGGCCAGUGGCGAUGUGCCCGCAGGUCCGGCUGAAAACGACUUUGCCAUGUUGGCCGUGUCUUUUCACAAGGUCGCAGAAGCCCAUGAGGCUCUGAAGGAAUGGGGCAAAGCGAUUUUUGCUCACACCCAAGCACGUGAGGUCGUCCACAGAAGUCUGGGGCCAACCCAUCCAUUGACGCAGUCGCUUGCACGAUGCCGUCCUCACCUGUCUCGUCCGUCUACAGGCAACAGGCAGAAUGAGUUUCUCGAUGUUUAUGCAGCCAGCAUUGGCAGAAGUACAGGCUGUCCGCUGCUGCGGCCUAACAAAGGCCAGAAGGUGUUGCCUAGUAUCCCUCAAGGUGCACGGGGCAAGCCGUUCGUGAGAACAACAGAAGCUUUGGGCUUCGAGCUGGUAGGUUACCAGAUGAAUGCCACUUGUUUUCCAAGCUGGCCUCCAACCAAUGCUAGCAACGAGGAGCAGGAGUGGUAUGCCAUGGCACGAGCUCGAAGACAUGAAGCUCCACCGCUGCCAAAGCUGGCCAUCAAGCAGGAGCCCGUGGUUGACAACUUUCCAGUGAUCCCACCUCCUAGCAGAGGUGCCUUGAGUCGGCGAAGCCGGAGGAGCUGA